UCUCUUUUACCUUGCCCAACACAACACCAUAUAUUUCACCAUUUUGUCUCAUCAUCAUGGCUGUUGAGCAAGUGGAAGAGCCGCUGUGUAAAGCAAUCCGAACCUCGGACGACAAGCCAUGCACGGUGCCAGCCAUUGAGAUUUCCAACGGCAACCUCUUUUGCAAACUCCACGCAAAGCAAUGCUAUGGCUUAUAUAUGGGUUACCAAGAGACAUACCAAUGAGUUCAUGACGAUUGCGGAAAAGAAAUCCUCAUUUUUAAGGGAUACCAAGGCCUCUCUCAACACCAUGUCGUUUGAAGGCAUCCAGUCUCUGGAAGAACUGACCCAGGUCUAUGAGUACCUGCUUAACCAGUUCGUCCUGAUAGGGAAAGCCAUCAGGGCCCGAGAACUGCACCACAAACAUUUUUACUCCAGGACAUGGACUACGGCCACAAGGCUUUUCUAGACAAGCUCGUCAACACUCGCUACUCGAUCCAAAAGACACUGGAGAACCUCGAAAAGCGCACCGCUGAGCUUUUGUACGAAAAGGAAAAGUGGUACAAUUGGGUUCGGGAUGCUCAGGAUGACCAAGACAAGAGCCGGGGGAAGGAGCAGAAGAAGAGGUUCAAACAGGAGCACGCCCUGUUUCAACGCCACAAGCGCGAGUUGGAGGUCCGCUUGCUGCUGCCAGGGCCAAGGAAGAAGAACGGAGCCAGGCUGCGUAUUUGGAAGAGAUUUUGACCGAACGCAUGGCUGCCUCUGCAUCCGAGGAUAGUGAAGACUCUUCGUGGGAUCCUAUCGAGGAUGUAGUGGAGAACACCCGAGGACAGUACUUGGAUCUCAUACGCCAUUUCCUGUGGCUUGAGCCCCCUAUCGUGGAGAAUAAAGAGGAGGAAGUAUGCGUUUAUCCCACUCCUGCGGGAGCUCCCGGUGUGGACGGCGGUGCGGAAGCCGCGAUUGAGAAGGACGAUCAGAUGACAGCAGCCGAAAAGAAGAAGGCUAGGAAGCGGGCAAAGAAAAAGUCGUCAAAGACGGCAGCAGCAGCACAGAACCAGGAAGCUGGCAGUUCGGUCGCGACAGGAAAAUCCCAGCCACAGCCAUACAAGAGCAAGAUAGAGAGCAAAGAGGACGUGAGAAAGCGGCUCAAGGAGGGCGUUGAAAAAGACUACAGCCAUAUCAAUGGACCAAUGCUCAUGGGCACCGCGCAAAACCCGGCCAAGCUGGCCAAAAGAACAGCCCCUGUCAAAGACGAGGAUAUUGUCAAACUCAUUGCUGACAUCACCGAGAUUAAGGAGCUUCUGUUUUGUCGCCAGGUCAUGUCACGCUCUGCGCUUCUCCCAGCUGCACUCAAAGCCAAUAGUUUGGAGGAAUUCCUCGCCGAUCCUUCCAUCUCCGACUCUGAUUUCUUAGAUCUCUGCAUCCAGGUGGAACAGCCUAAUCUGCAAGCCCUUCGAGAUGUCUGUGCCGAUUUUGUGCGGGGGGAUGAGCCAGACAAAGACGAAGAUGACGAGGAUGGUGAGGACGACAAGUACGGCUCAGUCGCAGAAUAUAUUCGCCAUCAUUAUCGCCACGGGGCUCUCGAAGACCUGUAUCGCGAAGCCCUCAGCAGCAUGUCCCGCAGAGUCCUUCGGGGCUCGGACAAACUCUUUGAAGACAUUGCCGAGGACGAAAAACCCAAAGACAAGAGAAUGAAGGUACAGAUUUGGGGCUGAAACAUUUGGAACCACGCCAGGCAGCACAGCAUGGCUCGAAAUGGCUGGUUACACUUCUCCAUCAUGGCCAAGGACUGCGAAUUUCCAAAGGUCAUUUCACUUUGCCGCAACUGAGAUGAGUUCUUUGAACUCAACUGUCUGGCCUUGUGGCAGUGUUUCCCUGCCAGCAAAUGAACCGGAUGGAGCGGAAACUUCCUCAUCGAAGAGCUAACGCAACUUGGAUUCGUGCCAUUCUUCAUAGACCUGACAGCACAGCAGGAGACGACAUACAACCAGCUUGGUACCACCCGUCGGAAAGUACUUCGAAAGCAAAGUCUUGUUAUGGAGGCGCGCAACUUCAUAUGUGCUCACAUGAAACGCAACGAUCCUGUCAGUCGGCGAUUCAUUCAGUACGCCCUCAUGCGUCCUGGCGAACAUUUCAUUCUUGUUUGAGAUGGCAAGACCGGUCGCAUUGGCGUCGCGCCUGAAGAGUACAACCGCUGGAUCGUCCAAUCGAGGUCGGGAGUGGGCGUUAGGCCUGGCGAGGGCUAUGGCCGUCAUGGGAACGAUGGAUGGGACCUCGAGCUUGAGGUAGAUGCCAUGUCCUUUGAGCUUACUGGGAUGCAGUGCCAGUGGAAGUUCAGCUUUUCCGAGUACUACGAGAUUUAUAUCUGGGACUUCGCCCCAGGAAACAGCCUUGGCAAGAUGUAUAAGUACAUCAAGGAGUGCUUGAGCAAGGCCCAUCGUAUCAGGGGUAACCGUGACAAGUACAAACACAUGAAGCCCGUCAUGGAGACCCUUACUCGCGAGCCAGACACCAUGCGCGUUCGUCAGAUUCAGCCUGGAGAAAAUGUCAAGAGUUUGUACGAUGAGCUUGCCGGACCUGAUGCGCAGUUCUAUGUUCGGACCAACCUGGGAAAGAUGAUCAGGACAUGCCAGGACGUUCUACCUGGGUGCUCCCCGUACGAGUACUACAACGAUACUGACGCUGCGGAAGAUGCAAUCCUCUUUGAGGAAGAACAGCUGGAAGGUGUGCAGAACAUACCGUUUGUUGAAAUAUCAAACCCGGUCCAGCAACUGGAGUCCACUCAUAUGCCCUUGAGCAUGCUGAACCACAAAGCCAAUCAGCUGACGGGCGAAAUGCCUGAUGCUUUGGAAGAGAUUCUCGGCAUCAGCCGGAAGAAGUUGGUGGAGAAGAAAGGCAACACGCCAGUUCCCCUUGAGGCCCCGCCCAUCUGGCAGCAACAGCACGAUAUCAUCACCGAGACACCUCUCACAUCUCCCCGCCCCAAGCUGCUUACGUCCCUGGAUUUUUCUUCAAUCAAACUCAAAUUCAGCAUGGCAGAACUCGAGGAAACGGCCUGUGCACAGGAGACCAUGGAGCGAGAUAGAUCCUACAGUAUGCACGCCAUCGUCUACAGCUCUUCACGGCACCAUUACAUUUGCUAA